GCGAGGAAGGGAUGGGAGUGAGGGCAGCUGUUCCUGUCCCCUGCUCAGCAGCAGGAGAGUCAAUGCGGCAGCCUCCCCACUGAAGGAGCAGUGGGCAAAGCCAGUGCGGUUGACUGAGGACACUGUGAGGCUGCCCUGCUCCUCCUCCUCCUCCUCCUCUCCCGCUUGCAUUGCCUGCUCUUGCAUUCAUCCCGUUAGGAACACCCCAGCCCAGCCCCUGGAUCCCCUCUGCAAGGCUCAGCCAUGGGGGCGCUGACCAGCAGGCAGAACGCAGGGGUGGAAGAGGUGGACAUCCCUUCUAAUUCAGUCUACAGAUAUCCUCCUAAAUCCGGGAGCUACUUUGCCAGCCAUUUCAUCAUGGGAGGUGAGAAGUUCGACUCCACGCACCCGGAGGGCUACCUCUUUGGAGAGAACAGUGACCUGAACUUCCUGGGAAACAGACCUGUAGUGUUUCCUUACGCGGCCCCACCCCCCCAGGAGCCAGUGAAGACACUCAGGAGUUUAAUCAACAUCCGCAAGGACACUCUGCGCCUAGUCAAGUGCACGGAGGAAGUGAAGACCCCUGGCGAGGAAGUCAGUAAAGCAAAGGUCCACUACAACGUGGAGUUCACCUUUGACACCGACGCGCGAGUGGCCAUCACCCUUUAUUACCAGGCUACCGAAGAAUUCCAGAACGGAGUAGCCAGCUACCUCUCCAAAGACACCAGCUUGCAGUCAGAGACGGUCCAUUACAAACGAGGGGUGUGCCAGCAGUUCUGCGUCCCCUCCCACACCGUCGAUCCUUCCGAAUGGGCAGAAGAGGAGCUGGGCUUUGACCUGGACCGAGAGGUGUAUCCCAUGGUGGUGCAUGCCGUCGUGGACGAGGGAGAUGAGCACCUCGGCCACUGCCACGUACUGCUGGCGACGUUUGAGAAGCAUGCAGAUGGUAGCUUUUGUGUGAAACCCCUCAAGCAGAAACAAGUGGUGGAUGGAGUUAGCUACCUCCUUCAGGAGAUCUACGGGAUCGAGAACAAAUACAACACGCAGGACUCCAAGGUGGCUGAGGACGAGGUGAGCGAUAACAGCGCAGAGUGCGUGGUCUGCCUCUCGGAUGUGCGGGACACUCUGAUUCUACCCUGCCGCCAUCUUUGCCUCUGUAACACUUGUGCGGACACCCUGCGUUACCAAGCCAACAACUGCCCCAUCUGCAGGCUGCCAUUCCGAGCCUUGCUCCAGAUCCGAGCAAUGAGGAAAAAACUUGGCCCUCUCUCUCCAACCAGCUUCAGCCCAAUCAUCGCCUCCCAAACAUCCGAUUCUGAGGAGCACUCGUCUUCUGAGAACAUCCCUCCUGGCUACGAGGUAGUGUCUCUGCUGGAAGCUCUCAACGGGCCCCUCACUCCGUCCCCGGCCGCCCUUCCGCUGCACGGGCUUGGGGACAGCCACGGGGCAGGGAUGUUGCCGUCGUAUGGCAGCGACAGCCACCUGCCUCCCAUCAGGACACUCUCUCCCCUUGACCGCUUGUCGGACUGUGGCAGCCAAGGGCUCAAACUCAAGAAGAGCCUAUCAAAGUCAGUUUCCCAGACUUCCUCGGUCCUGCACGAAGAAGAUGAUGAGAAGUCCUGCAGCGAAUCAGAAAUCAGGAUUUCCAGGAGGAAGUCUCCUCAUCAGCAUGAGGAGGAAUAUGGUAUGACACCAGAGAGUGAAAACCUCACCUUAUCCUCCUCGGGAGCAAUAGAUCAGUCUUCGUGCACAGGAACCCCUCUCUCCUCCACCAUCUCCUCCCCAGAAGAUCCUGGCAGCAGCAGCCUGGCCCAGUCCAUCAUGUCCAUGGCCUCCUCCCAAAGUCAGCACUCCCAGAUCAGCACCGACACCAUGUCUUCCAUGUCUGGCUCUUAUGUCGCUCCGGGCACAGAGGAAGAGGGGGACAUGCUCCCAUCCCCUGCUGCUGCCAGUGGGAUUCCUUCAGAAGGAGAGUCAACCCCUGUGGAAUCUCCAGAUAGGAAUUUUGUCAGUAUCUCUGCGGAGGAGCGAGAUGCGGAGGGGAACGAUGUCAUGGAGGAAGAGGACGGAUCUCCCACCCAGGAAGACGGCCAGAGGACAGGUGCUUUCCUAGGUAUGGAGUGUGACAAUAACAAUGACAUUGACAUCGCGAGCGUGAAAGCGCUGGACAAUAAGCUGUGCUCUGAGGCCUGCUUCCCUGCCAUGGUUCCGGAGUCCUGCCCUAUAAACAUUGACGAAUAGGUAUCAAGGGGUCAGAUGACAACGCCCUGACCCGCAGGCCAGCCCAGAGGCACCAUCUGUCUUCCAGCAGCAUCAACCUGGAAGAGGAGGAAGAUAUGCAGUGCAUGAUGGGCCCGCUGGCUGUCUGAAGAGACUCCACCCUCUCUGGGACUGCAUGCUCAUUCCAGCAUCACACUGGAGGGAGGGCAAAGCCCCCCACCCACCACACUUCCCCAGCACUAAAGAAACGCAGAGCAGCAGCUCUGUGGGCAUUAACACCUCAAAUCCAGCCGAUGUAGCGAUACUGAUUUUUACACAGUUGAACCUGGACGUCUCAUUGCUCCUCUCUGUGGACCCUUUCCCGAUAUUUAUGCUAAGACAAACUGGGCUCACCGUGAUCACAGCAGAACGGGUUUUGUUUGAAUUAAGGAAGAGUGGCUACCCAGGUCUGAGGCUUUCCAGUCUCCUCCUGACAUCUAUCCACGUGCUGUAGCCAAGGGCUAGUUGGUUCUCUCUCCGCCCACUCCUGUCCCCUUCAAUGUGGUGACCAGGGAAUAGGGGAGGAAAGAGCUGAUGUUUUGCACCCUUCCUCCACUCCUGCCUCUUCUCUCCAGUCUUCACUGAUAGUUUGAGCCUCUAGCUUCUUAGCUGGGCCCCAGGGCAGCGCUGAAAGUCUGCGUGCGUGACCCCGCAGGAGAUGUUCCAGGGUGGGAGGUCUGCAUGACAGCGAGGGCCUCCCUCCGGGGAAGUGGGGGAGGGGAACGAGCAUUCGUCUCCGGGUUGGAGAGGUGGGCGCCGCCUGCACUUGGCGGUUGGUUAAGAGAGGAGCAUGACUGGGAGCAAGCCUAGCUGCCCAUGGGCAGGCUCUCCCUCCCGUGUCCAUCUGCAUGUAGCUCACAUCCAUCUACCUCGCAAGCGUGCAGUAUCCACCUCGCUCACUCAGCUACACGCACUCUGCUGGUGUAAGUUUCCCCAAGGCCUGAGCCAUGUAAAGCUAAAUCCUGAUCUCAUUAAAGUCAAUGGGAACGUGGCCAUUGCCUUCAGUGGGACCAGGAUUCGGCUGCCCGUGCUCCUGAUGAUCCUCCGAGGGGCAGGCUCGCACACACCCAUGGGGACGUCUGUGCUGGUGUAUGCAAGCAGGUGAGCUUACAAAUGAGGACUGGCAUACCUGAGUAGGUGCACUUAAGCGUGCAAAAGACCGUGCAUAUGUAGGCUUAUGUACAUGCCAGCGUGCAUGGACCCUGAAGCACGUAUGUGCACGUGGGUGUGAGUGCAUAUUCACAUUUGCUCAGCCCUCCCUUGCCCUGCCAGGUGGUGAUAUCUUUACCCCGACACCGACAAGUGAGGGUCAAGCCUCCAAAUUCGUGCUUUAAAUGCGGCUGAUUUCACACCUUCAAAAUAUCCCCUCGGUCCCCCUUACCCUCCUCCCUCUGCCAUCCUGCGGCUCCAGGCCUUUCUUCCUGCUGCAAAACCAACCCAAGCAAUA